CUCAUUGGUCCUAAUGUCCGCUGUAAGUCAGACUUCGCAAGGGUUGCUCUACAUCGUAGCAUGCAUCCGUACUGAGAUGCGUGCAGGAGCGAGCGACCCCGCUCGAACAGGAGAAUUCAUUAGUAGCCUGACUCAUGUCCGUUUACCUGACUGAGAAGAUCCUGUGUUCAUCAUGUCUUUGUUUGCGCAGCUCUACGCGACGAAGUGGCUACUCAUAGCGGCCGUUCUCGUGGUCUAUGCAGUGGCGACUUCGAUCGUUCGCUACCGGCGCCUUCGAGCCUUCCCCGGUCCGACCAGCUCGGGAUGGUGUGAACUGCUGCAUACACGCGCGAUACUGAGUCGACAUUCGCAUCUCUGGUACAAGGCCGUCGGCGAUGAAUAUGGCGCCCUUGCACGCAUUGGCCCCAACGACCUGAUUACAUCGUCGCCAGAUCUGCUGGCCCAUAUGAACGCAGUGCGCUCGCCGUACACUCGCUCGACAUGGUACAAUAGUGCCGUGCGGAUGGAGGUUGGAAAGGACCAUGUCUUUAGCCAACUCGACGAGGUGCAGCACACGAAGCGGCGCCAGCAGAUGGCAUCUGGGUACUCAGGCAAAGAGAAUUUGUCCCUGGAAUCUGACAUCGACGAACAUAUACACCAGCUUCUGGACCUGAUCAGAUCAAAGUACAUUUCCACUGCUACGCGGUACAAGCCCGUGGAUCUCGGAAGUAAGAUCCAGUAUCUUACUCUCGACGUGAUCAGCAAAAUCGGCUUUGGUAAAGCGUUUGGAGACAUCAAAGCCGAUGCUGACGUCGACAAUUAUAUAAGCUCUGGUCGAGUCGGGUUGGCAAUUAUGGCCUUCACCGGCGGCCUUGGACUGACGCCUUACCUCCAUUGGCCGCCCAUCGCGCGCAUGCUCGGGCCCUCGGACAAGGACAAGAGUGGUUAUGGAAAGAUGAGAACGGUAGCUCGGGAACUCAUCGACUCGCGUCUAGAGAAGCCGACGAAUAGUCGCUCGGACAUGCUUGCGUCGUUCAUACGCCACGGAUUGACACGCGACGAUCUCCUGACUGAAUCGCUGCUUCAGAUUCUAGCAGGGUCUGACACGACUGCGACUGCUAUACGCGGAACGAUGCUCUAUCUGAUGACCAGCCAUAGGGCGUACAGAAAAUUGCAGACAGAGAUUGACGCUGCCGUUACCUCAGGUCAUGCUGCUAUGUCUUCCGAUAUCGUAUCUGACGAAACGAUGAAGAGCCUACCAUACCUACAAGCCGUAAUGCGUGAAGGGCUUCGCAUUCAUCCACCUGUCACUGAUAUCGCUCCGAAGAAGGUCCCCGUCGAAGGCGACACUGCCACAAUCAACGGAAAAGCGUAUUUCCUUCCUGGUGGUACCAAUGUUGGGUAUAACGUAAUGGGCCUCAAUCGAGACAAGGAGAUAUUUGGUGAAGAUGCCGACUGCUUCAGACCAGAACGUUGGCUACUCGAUGAGCACAACGAGAUCCAGCUUGAGCGCUUGAACGCUAUGCGCCGUACUACAGACAUGAUUUUCGGGUAUGGCAAGUACCAGUGUCUCGGGAAGCCUAUAGCAUGGUUGGAGAUGAGGAAGGUUAUCUUCGAGUUCCUACGACAUUUCGAUUGGUCUCUUGCAACCCCAGAGAAACCGUGGAGAUCUAGGAAUUACUGGGGUAAAUCUUCCCGUGUACGAACUGCAUGUGGGACAUGUACUGACUUCGUACACCUACAUUUAGGCAUCUUUCUGCAAGACCAAAUGUGGUGCCUCAUCACUGAGAGAGAAUCUGGCUCGUGAGUGCCCCUGCAUCCAUGGAUGACGGGUGGUAGUCACGUGAAAAGUCUCAUGAUUUUCUUUGGUAUCAACUUAAACAGAUUGCAAGGCUUCCUUCCAUAUUUUUGUGAACGGCCGUUUCACUGUCCAAUCCGUCUAUACGAAUAGGGCUGAGAGUCAAUUAUUCCAGACAAGAUUAUUGGCG